AUGGCUCUUAAGUCCUUUGUAUUAAUCAUUGCCAUAUUGGCUGUGGUGACUUCAAUAAGCCAUGCAUCUGAUCCUAGUCCUUUACAAGAUUUUUGUGUUGCUGUUAAUGACACUAUGACUACUGUUUUUGUGAAUGGAAAAGUAUGCAAAGAUCCAAAAGUUGUCACUGCAGAUGACUUCUUCAAAUCAGGUUUAAACGUAGCUGGAAAUACUUCAAAUAAUGUUGGAUCUGCUGUAACAGCUGUGAAUGUCAACAACUUACUAGGACUCAACACUCUGGGCAUUUCUUUAGCUCGUAUUGACUUUGCACCAUAUGGUCUCAACCCACCACACACGCACCCUAGAGGAACCGAGGUGCUUACCGUCCUUGAGGGCACACUCUAUGUUGGUUUUGUCCUUUCAAACCCUGGUCCAAAUAUGAAGAACAAGCUCUUUACCAAGAUUCUACAUCCUGGAGAUGUGUUCGUUUUUCCAAUAGGUUUGAUUCAUUUUCAGUUUAACGUGGGAAAAACUAAGGCCGUUGCAUUUGCUGGACUUAGUAGUCAAAAUCCAGGAGUCAUCACUAUUGCAAAUGCAGUAUUUGGCUCUGACCCACCCAUCAAUAAUGAUGUUCUCGCCAAAGCAUUCCAAGUUGAUAAGAAAGUUGUGAAUUAUCUCCAGUCACAAUUCUGGUGGGAUAACAACUAA